UUUUUAAACGAAUACAUCGGUAACGCCAUUUGAACAUCAUCGCGUUCAUGGACGCCUGGAAGGGAUCAUGAACGGAACCAGGCAAUUUCCUCGAUCACAUUCACGGCUGAGUUCGCCUAAGAACCCACCAACUUAUUCAACAUGAAUACCGCACGGGCUCUUGUGCGCACUGUGACCACCACAGCUGCUCGCCAGACAAGGAGCGAGACGCACGAGGGAUACAACAAGAUCCGCUCGAAGAUGCAGUAUUUCCAGGUUGAUAAUGGGGUCCCAAUUCACCUGAGAGGAGGACCUUUCGACAACAUGUUGUUCAUAUCAACAGCUGUCUUGAAUGGGUUCGGCCUCUACAUGUGCUUGAAAUUCUUCUACGACAUGUCAUUCACCAAGAAAGCUGAUUAGUAAUCUCGUUGCUUAUCUACCUCAUGUUUUCAUUCCCGGAACUCUCAGAGGUUUUUCGUUUUACCUUUUAGGAUGGUGUACCAAAAUGUAAAUAGCUGUUCUGUCAGUGAGGAAUGUAAUUAUGUCAUUGUACAUGCCAUAACUUAUUUUUCUUUCUAUUAAUGAAAAAUAAAAUGUAAAAGCUGC